AUGCGGGUGGUGUCCUACAACUCUCGUGGUCUCGGAGAGAGCUGGCUGGCCGAGCAGGACUUGGAUAAGUUAAAUAACCUGCACCCAGACUUCCAUGGUGUGGGUGAAUCUACCAUGGACCUCAGUAUAAGAAUCAUCAGAGGCUUUGGCAUGACAACCCCAGUGACAAUAGCUGGCAAAGUGUUUCUGAUCUUCUAUGGUCUCCUUGGGUGUGCAGCCACCAUUUUGUUCUUUAACCUUUUCCUAGAACAUAUCAUCACCCUCUUAGCUGUGAUGAUGAAAGCUUUUAGGCUACAUCACUUGCGCACUAGUGGCCUCCUCCCACCAGGAAUCUGCCAGGACUUUGCAGCCAGCACUCUUCCAGGCUGGAAGCCCUCUGUAUAUCAUGUGAUGCUGAUCUUAGGCCUGUCAGCUAUCAUUAUCUCAUGCUGUGCCUCAGCCAUGUACACCCCCAUAGAAGACUGGGCAUACCUCGACUCCCUCUACUUCUGCUUUGUCACCUUCAGCACUAUCGGUUUUGGAGACCUGGUGAGCAGCCAGAGCAAAGCCUACAGCUACCAGGUCCUGUACCAGCUAGCCAACUUCCUUUUAAUCCUGACCGGGGUCUGCUGCAUCUACUCACUCUUCAAUGUGAUUUCCAUUGUAAUCAAGCAGGUGCUCAACUGGAUGCUGAGCAAGAUGAGUUGCCUAUGCUGCCAGCGCUGCAACAAGGCUAGGGCUUUCUUGGGACGCCGCAAUGCAAUCCGCCCUGGCUUACACCUCAGACAGGGCCAUUUUGGGUAUUCAUAUGACUCCGAGGGACCUUGUGAUGAUGACCAGGAGGGAAGAAGGCUGUCUGGUGAGAUGAUCUCCAUGCGAGACUUGGCAGGCUCAAACAAGAUAUCACUGGCCAUUAUGCAGAAACAGCUCUCAGAGUCUGCAAAUAGGUACCCUAGGACAGUUUGUGGAAGCUCAAGACACAAUGGCUUCUCUGGCAGAGUUGGAGCUUUGAGCAUCAUGAACAACAGACUGGCAGAGACAAGUGACUCUCAGUAA